AUGUCGGACGCGCCAAGCUCGCCAGCACCAAACCUUCCGUCGGAGAUGGAUCGCCGAAACUUUCGGUCCGGGAUGACCUCUCCGGUUGGCGAUUUCGAGCCGUUCGAGAACGAGGAAGAAAUCCUCGGCGACACGACGGUACGCGACGACAAUAUGGUCGACGAGGAGGAAGCCGAUGGCGAGGAGCUGUUUGGUGACAACAUGGAAGCCGACUACCGGCCGGUGCCGCACCUGGAUCGGUACGAUAUGGACGAGCUGGAUGUCGAGGAGUACAGCGAUAUUUCGCAGACAGAUCGAGCCGCGGCUGAGGUCGCAAUGCGGCGACGCGAUCGGGCGGCCGGUAUUCAUCGCGACGAUCAGGAUCAUCUAUUCUACGACAAAAGCGAUGACGAGGAUGACAUCCCGCAGGCGAAACGCCGGGCCGCGGAGAAGGCGGCGGAGAUUGAAACGGAGGACGCGGAGAUGGUUGAAUCGAUUGAGAACCUCGAUGAAACGAAAGGACACAGCAUCAAAGAGUGGGUUUCGAUGUUGGGACCUCGGACCGAAAUUUCUAAUCGAUUCAACAACUUUCUGCGAACGUUCGUCGAUGAGAAGGGAACUUACGUUUACCUCGGUCGGAUUAAGCGCAUGUGUCAACAGAACAACUCGAGCUUUGUGGUGUCGUAUCCGGAUCUGGCACGCAACCAACAUGUCUUGGCGUACUUUCUGCCCGAGGCACCCUUCCAAAUGCUCGAAAUUAUGGACAAGGUCGCAAAGAAGAUGGUAACUGACAUCCAUCCGUGGUACGAGCGCGUGACGAAUGAGAUCCAUGUCCGCAUUUCGGAUCUCCCGCUCGUGGAGGAAUUACGCACGUUCCGGAAGCUUCAUUUGAACCAACUGGUUCGAACGUUGGGCGUUGUUACGGCAACGACCGGAGUGCUGCCACAGCUUUCGGUCAUCAAGUACGAUUGCGUCAAGUGUGGCUACGUGCUGGGGCCAUUCGUCCAGAGCCAGAACACGGAGGUCAAGCCGGGUUCUUGUCCCGAGUGUCAGAGUGCUGGACCGUUUUCGAUCAACAUGGAGCAAACGCUGUAUCGAAACUACCAGAAGAUUACAUUGCAGGAAUCGCCCGGUCGUAUUCCGGCGGGACGUAUUCCACGUAGCAAGGAUUGCGUGCUGCUGGCCGACCUCUGUGACCAGUGCAAGCCGGGCGAUGAGAUUGAGGUAACGGGUAUUUACACCAACAACUACGAUGGAUCGCUAAACACGGAGCAGGGCUUUCCGGUGUUUGCCACCGUCCUUAUUGCCAACCAUUUGGUGGUGAAAAACAGCAAACACGUAGUGGCAUCGCUAACGGAUGAAGAUAUUUCGACGAUCCAGCGGCUGAGUAAGGAUCCGCGCAUCAGCGAGCGGAUCGUGCAGAGCAUGGCACCGUCGAUUUACGGGCACAACUACAUCAAGCGUGGCCUUGCACUGUCUCUUUUUGGCGGUGAAUCGAAAAAUCCCGGCGACAAACACAAAAUUCGUGGCGAUAUUAACAUUUUACUGUGCGGCGACCCAGGAACGGCCAAGUCGCAGUUUCUAAAGUACACAGAAAAGAUCGCUCCACGAGCGGUAUUCACUACCGGCCAGGGUGCUUCGGCCGUCGGUUUGACGGCAUAUGUGCGACGUAAUCCGACGACACGCGAGUGGACCCUGGAAGCUGGUGCCCUGGUGCUGGCCGAUUUGGGAGUCUGCCUGAUUGAUGAGUUUGAUAAAAUGAACGAUCAGGAUCGAACUUCGAUUCACGAAGCUAUGGAGCAGCAAUCAAUCUCCAUCUCGAAGGCAGGCAUCGUGACGUCACUGCAAGCGAGGUGUGCCGUGAUUGCGGCAGCCAAUCCUAUCGGUGGACGCUACGAUCCAAGCAUGACGUUCUCGGAGAACGUGAACCUAUCCGAACCAAUUUUGUCCCGAUUCGAUGUUCUGUGUGUGGUGAAGGAUGAGUUUGAUCCGAUGCAAGAUCAACUUCUGGCCCGGUUCGUGGUCAACUCGCACAUCAAAAAUCACCCAUCAAUGGUGGACGUGGUGCCAGAAUCGCAGCCCGAGGACAGCAUGCAGAUACCGCAGGAGCUUUUGAAGAAGUACAUCGUGUACGCAAAGGAGAACGUACACCCGAAGCUGUCGAAUAUGGAUCAGGACAAGAUCGCCAACAUGUACUCGCAGCUGCGCCAGGAAUCGCUCUCGACCGGCUCACUCCCUAUCACGGUGCGACACAUUGAAAGUGUUAUUCGAAUGUCAGAAGCGCAUGCGCGCAUGCACUUGCGCGACACGGUGCAGGACGUAGACGUGAACAUGGCCAUCCGUAUGAUGCUGGAGAGUUUCAUCGAAGCGCAAAAAUUCAGCGUGAUGAACAAAAUGCGCUCCACGUUCCAGAAGUACCUGUCGUUCCAGCGCGAUCACUCCGAAUUGCUGUUCUUCAUUCUGCGUCAACUGACGCUCGAUCAGCUCGCCUACCUGCGGUGCAAGGAUGGACCCCGAGCCACGCACGUCGAGGUCAUGGAGAAGGAUCUGUCCGAACGGGCUAAAGCGAUCGACAUUCACAAUCUCAAGCCAUUCCUGGAAUCGGAAGUUUUCAAAACCAAUGGAUUCUCCUACGAUGCCAAGCGGAAGAUUAUCGUACAGAUCGUACCCGAGGCGGCUGAAGCGUAAAGUGGAAAACGACGGCUACACCAACUUGCUUUACUAAAUAUGUAUGGUUUAUUUACGUUUUCUGAUUAUUUUGCGCGUUUCACUUUUCUCAUUAUCAAUAUGUACAAGUUAGACGAUUACUUUUACGAAUAAAUGUGUGCUU